AUGAGAAGAGCGCUAUCGAGCCUUAACACCCACGUAUCUCGAAUAAGCCAUCUCACACCGAUCCAGAAUCGCAUAACUCGCUCCAUACCUUUUACAAUGACUACACGCAAGCUUUCUGUUACCGAUACAACGAACAAAAAGCCCAAGCUCGAAAAUGGUGAAACGAAGCCCAAACAAGAAACUCCACUUCAGGCGACACAGACAAUUUUGAAGGCCAAACCCAAGGUGUGGAAGCCAUUGGUGUGGAUAGACUGUGAGAUGACCGGACUUAAUGUUUACGAGGAUCACAUUAUCGAAAUAUGUUGCAUCAUUACCGAUGGUCACAUGAAUAUCAUCGACUCCCAAGGUUAUGAAUCAACCAUCUAUUAUCCCAAAGAGGUCUUGGAUAGCAUGAAUGAAUGGUGCGUAGACCAGCAUGGAAAGUCGGGACUCACAGCCAAAGUUUUGGAAAAUACCGACCGCACACUUGAAAAGGUACAAGAUGAGCUUCUAGAAUACAUCAAGAGGUUUGUGGAACCCAAUAAGGGAAUAAUGGCAGGAAACUCCAUCCAUAUGGACAAAUUUUUCAUGAACCGUGAAUUUCCUCGUGUAAUCGACUACUUGCAUUAUCGUUUAAUUGAUGUCUCUACUAUCAUGGAAAUUGGACAUCGACAUAAUCCUGAACUUAUGAAGCUUUUCCCCAAGAAAGAUGGUAACCAUACUGCCAAAUCUGACAUAUUAGAGAGCAUCGCUCAGUUGAAAUGGUACAAAAAGCACUACUUGAAAAGUAAAGAUGAUGUCAAAGAUUUCAUCAACGAGAACAAACCUGUGACUGAAGAUCCUUCCUCUGGGCCAGUGGCCACCGAGGCUACAAAAAUAAAAGAAUAG